GGAGGAUUUCCCUGAGAGAGCACCACGAGCGUUCUGAUGGAGGUCUGAUCUCUGAGGAGGAGCGCUUCGCUUCCUGACGACCAGAGGACUUCCCAAGUUGAAGGAGUCCAGUUCCCAUGAGUCUCUGGUGAGUCCAGGCAGCGCCGUGGAGACUCUGGACCUGAGCAUGGAGGAGGACGUGUUCAUCAAACCUUUGCACAGCAGCAUCCUGGGCCAGGAGUUCUGCUUCGAGGUGACGUACUCGGGCGGCAGUAAGUGUUUCAGCUGCACGUCGGCCUCAGAGAGGGACAAGUGGAUGGAGAACUUGAGGAGGACCAUCCAGCCCAACAAGGACAACUGCCGGCGGGCCGAGAACCUGCUGCGUCUCUGGAUCAUCGAGGCCAAAGACCUGCCGCCCAAGAAGAAGUACUUCUGUGAGCUGUGUCUGGACGACGUGCUGUACGCCCGGACCACCAGCAAGACCCGGCAGGACAGCCUGUUCUGGGGCGAGUCCUUCGACUUCUGCGGCCUGCCCGCCGUGCGCAGCAUCACCGCGCACAUCUACAGAGACGUGGACAAGAAGAAGAAGAAGGACAAGAACAACUACGUGGGCCUGGUCAACAUCCCCGUGUCGGGCGUGACGGGCCGGCAGUUUGUGGAGAAGUGGUACCCGGUCAGCACGCCCACCUCCAGCAAGUCCAAAGGAGGCGGGCCAUCGAUCCGGAUCAAGUCCCGCUUCCAGACCAUCUCCAUCCUGCCCAUGGAGCAGUACAAGGAGUUCGCCGAGUUUGUCACCAACAACUACACCAUGCUGUGCUCCGUGCUGGAGCCCGUCAUCAGCGUCAAGAACAAGGAGGAGAUGGCGUGCGCACUGGUGCACAUCCUGCAGAGCACGGGCCGGGCCAAGGACUUCCUGACGGACCUGGUGAUGUCGGAGGUGGAUCGGUGUGCGGACCACGAUGUCCUGAUCUUCAGGGAGAACACUCUGGCCACCAAGGCCAUCGAGGAGUACCUGAAGCUGGUGGGACAGAAGUACCUCCACGACGCACUGGGUGAGUUCAUCAAGGCUCUGUAUGAGUCUGAUGAGAACUGUGAGGUGGACCCCAGUCGGUGUUCCAGCAGUGAUCUUCCAGAACAUCAGAGUAACCUGAAGAUGUGCUGCGAGCUGGCCUUCUGCAAGAUCAUCAACUCCUACUGCGUGUUUCCUCGCGAGCUGAAGGAGGUGUUUGCGUCGUGGAAGCAGCAGUGCGUCGCCCGCGGACACCAGCAGGACAUCAGCAAGCGUCUGAUCAGCGCCUCGCUCUUCCUGCGCUUCCUCUGCCCCGCCAUCAUGGCGCCAUCGCUCUUCAGUCUGAUGCAGGAGUACCCUGACGACCGCACGUCCCGCACGCUCACGCUCAUCGCCAAAGUUAUCCAGAACCUUGCCAACUUCACCAAGUUCGGGAACAAGGAGGAGUACAUGGCCUUCAUGAACGACUUCCUGGAGCACGAGUGGGCAGGGAUGAUGCGUUUCCUGUCGGAGAUCUCCAACCCCGAGACCCUGACCAGCACGCCGGGCUUCGAGGGUUACAUCGACCUCGGCCGCGAACUGUCGGUGCUGCAUGCCCUUCUGUGGGAGGUGGUGUCCCAGCUGGACAAGGAAGAGGAAGUGGAGGUAGUAACAGAGCCAAAAUGGCUGAAGUACAAACCCGAUCAGCCUCUGCAAGAGCACACAGCCUGCCUGAGUGAUGAGGCCACCGUAGCCAAGCUGGGCCCACUGCCGAGGAUUCUGGGAGAUAUCUCUCGCUGUCUGUCUGCUCCCACGCCCGUCCAGCAGCUACACCGUUUCCAGAACAACAGCCCCGCCCACAACUUGAGCGGCAGCGUGUCGUCAGGGCUGCAGCGGAUCUUUGAGGACCCCACGGACAGCGACGUCCACAGCCUUCAGUCUCCGGUCAGCGAGCGGAUGGAGGGGUACGUUCGAAGCCAGCGCCCCCUGCUGGCUCCACAGCAUCCCUCCACCCACAGGAGCUUCUCCGACCAGGAGGACCAAGACCUUCAGCUGCCCAACGGUCGCAGCGUCUCUCUGGUGGACCUUCAGGACUCUCAGAGCCUCCACGGCCCCGUGGAGCCACCACUGCAUCACGAGGCUCCGCCCCGCCUCAGCAGGGUGGGCUCCCAGGCCUCUGUUGGACACGGUCCGCCCCCCAUAACUUACCCUCAUUCCAACCCGGUCACACCCCAGCCGGUGGCACACCAGGCCAAAGCCCCGCCCAGAGACGGGCUGCCGCAGAGCGCGCCACAGGCACGGCGGCCGCUGCACCCCUCCCUCAGCCAGCAGCGCAGCCUGCAGCCGCUGUCCUUCCAAAACCCCGUCUACCAGCUGAGUAACCCCUCCCACAGCCUCUCUGCACGCUCCGCCCACUCGCUGCGGCAUGACUCCAGCUCCGAGAACCUGAGCACCGAGAGUUCGCACAACAGCCACAGCACCUCAGACGACUUCGGCAGCCAGGCGGGGGUCAAAGGUCGCACUGCGUCCAACAGCAGCCUGGAUGAGGUGGGCAGCAGACGGAGCACACAGAGCGAGGAGUGCUCCAAGCCGCGCCGCCACGUGCCGGCAGACCUCCCACUGGGCGCCGCUACAGCCGUUGCCGUCCCCCGUCAGAGCACGACGGCAGGCACCGCCCACAUCAUCAAGGUGGAGCAGCAGAGUAAGGCAGGGGGCGGAGCUGGGAUGCCACGCUCUCAGCCACAGAGUGCCUCGCUGCGCAGCAGUAGCAGCGCCAACACUGAGCCGACUCCUGCAAAACGCCAGCAGGCGGUGGAGAAUGUGGCUCCGCCCCCAAGGAGUAUUGCCAAGCAACCGACACCGGUGGCGGCGCCAGUGGAGGCGGUGGCGAUGUCUCCGGUGGAACGCACGGCGGCGUGGGUCCUCAGCAACGGGCAGUAUGACGAGAAGGAGGAGCAGGAGGGAGGAGAGCGGAGCCGCGAGGAGUGCAGGAACGCAGAGAAGUACGAGCUGGAGAUCUCUCAGCUGAAGGACCGCCUCCGGUUGUCCGGGCGCCGUCUAGAGGAAUACGAGCGGCGGCUGCUGGCUCAGGAACAGCAGAUGCAGAAGCUGCUGCUGGACUACAAGAACCGUCUGGAGGACAGCGAGGAGCGGCUGAGGAGGCAGCAGGAGGAGAAGGACGGCCAGAUGAAGAGCAUCAUCUGCAGGCUGAUGGCGGUGGAGGAGGAGCUAAAACGGGACCACGCUGAGAUGCAGGCGGUGAUCGAAGCCAAACAGAAGAUCAUCGACGCUCAGGAGAAGCGGAUUGGCUCCCUGGAUGCGGCGAACUCACGACUAAUGGCGGCACUGACGCAGGUGAAGGAGCGUUACAGCACGCCGAACAUCCGCAACGGGCUGCCGCCGAGUAACCCCACAAAACUGUCCAUCACUGAGAACGGGGAGUUCAAGAACAGUAGCUGCUGAUUGGUCCACUGCCAGUCAGUGGGUGGAGCCUAAUGAGGAGGCUCCACUCCACCCCUGAAAGAAGCUGUAGACAUCUAAAGUGACAGAAAUGAUUUAAAGACGAAGAAUCUGUAAAAGAGAAUGUAAAUACUAAAUUUUGUCUGUUCAUUGU